AUGACCUCGCCCUACAGCUUCAAGCCUGGCGGGGCAUUGAAGCUAAAGGGAGAGAAGCCAAGGAAAAGAAAAUCAAGUACAUCUAAUAAUGUGCAAUCAUCGCUAGGAAGCAAUGCGCAUAUUCGCUCUACAAAAGACUUUGUUCAUGAGAGCCAUAAAGGCCUUUUGAUCUCUCACGGAACAACGAAAGCGGAACAAAAAUUUGAAGAAGUUCAGCGCAGAAGAGCUCGGCUCGAAGCCCGGAAAACACAUAAGGAGAAGGUGGACACUUUCAACAAGUAUUUGGACUCUCUUAGUGAGCACCACGACAUGCCCCGUAUCGGACCUGGCUAA